UAAAAAUGAGAAAUUUCCCUUGUGGUAUAAAAUUAAAAAUAUGAAUUUUCAAAAUUAUAUCAAGAGUCUCUAUAAUAACCCUUUCCAUUAUCUAAGUCUUGGCUAUUUUGCGAAAUCACCUUCUAAAAUUGUUAUAUCUCCUGCCCAAACACACUAUUUUGGUUCUCCUAGCCAUACCUUUUUGGUUAUAGGGGCUGUAUCAGGAGCUUUGGCACAUGUAUUAGCAGCAUAUGGGGCACAUAAAAUACACAAUGAAGCAAUUAGCGAUGAUUUAAAACAAAUAUAUGAUACUGCAAAUAAGUUUCAUUUCUACAGUUCUUUAUCAUUAAUGAUAGUUCCUUUGUCACGAAAACCUUUAAUAACUGGAACUCUAUUAGUUUUAGGCAUGAUUGGAUUCUCUGGGAGCUGUUAUUAUUACACAUUAACAAAAUCUCAAACUCGGUCUAUGAUAACGCCAAUUGGGGCAAUGCUGACUACACUUGGUUGGCUCUCAUUUGCAUUAUGUUAAAUUUUCUAUUUAAACCCAUUAUAUUUGAUGCUUUACAAUCUGUAUAAUUAAUCAUUCAUGAUAAUUUUAUAAAUUCUACAAA